GGGACUUCCUUCGGGGAUCACCGCGGCGGGGGAGCCGCGGCGGAGCGGAGGUGACACGUAAGUGCGGGGCCGGGGAAGUUGCCUUUGUUCCUCUCAGGUAGCGGAGGCGGCGGCGGAGUCGGCCACCGGCCGGGCCGGGCUGAAGGCGCCGCCUGAGGAGAGAGCGGGGAGCCGCCCCCGCCCCGCCGCUCCGCUCCUCUCCUCCCCUGCCUCAGGCCGGGACAGUCAGCCGGUUGGCCGCCCCCCCGCUCCCGCCGCCGGAGGGGCGGGCGGCACCGGGCAGCCUUGCGGCCGCAGCAUGCGGCUGGGGAACCCGCCCCGAGCCGCGCAGAGUCCCGCCGGCUCCGCUCCGACGCGCAGGGCCCGCACGCAGGGGGAAGCCGCCCGGGGCGUCGCGGCCGCCGCGGUGCCCAGGGGCUGAGGCGCUCGGCCGGCUCCUCCCUCCCUCCCUCCUCUUCCUCCUCCUCCUCCUCCUCCUCCUCCCGGCGCGGGCCCGGGGCCUCCGAUGCCGCCGCCGCCUCCUCGUCGUCCGCCGCCUCCAGCUGCCCGCUGCUAAGCCGUGAGGGGCGGGGGGCCCUCGGGACCCCGCCGGGGACAUGGGCAACGGGAUGUGCUCCCGAAAACAGAAGCGGAUUUUCCAGACCCUCCUGCUCUUGACCGUGGUGUUCGGCUUCCUCUACGGGGCGAUGCUCUACUACGAGCUGCAGGGCCAGCUGAGGAAGGCUGAGGCCACGGCGCUCAAGUACCAGCAGCAUCAAGAGUCCCUCUCAGCUCAGUUACAAGUUGUAUAUGAGCACAGGUCAAGAUUAGAAAAGUCAUUACAAAAGGAAAGGCUUGAACAUAAGAAAGCAAAAGAAGAUUUUCUUGUUUAUAAACUAGAAGCACAGGAAACACUAAAUAAAGGAAGGCAAGACUCAAAUAGUCGAUACAGUGCACUCAGUGUACAACACCAGAUGUUGAAGAGUCAACAUGAAGAACUAAAGAAACAGCAUGCUGACCUUGAGGAAGAUCACCGAAAACAAGGAGAAGAGUUUAGCAGAACAUUCAGUGAUCACAAGGAGAGAUACUUGCAACUGCAGCAGGAAAAAGAGCAGGAGAUCUCUAAGCUGAAGGAAUCCCUGUAUAACUUACGGGAGGAGAACAGACAGUUGAGAAAAGCUCACCAAGACAUUCACACCCAGCUACAAGAUGUCAAGCAACAGCAUAAGAACUUACUCUCCCAACACAACCAGCUUGUAGUGACAUUGGAAGACCACAAGAGUGCACUAGCUGCUGCACAGUCCCAGGUGGAGGAAUACAAACAGUUGAAGGACACGCUCAACAAAAUGCCAAGUUUCCGACAGCCUGAGAAGUUAGAACGACCAAAUGAGCAACCAGAGGUGCGAGCACCGUCUCCCCGCAGUGACUUGCCAACGCACCAUGAAGCUGUGGCUGAAGAGCAGAAGGAGAAUGAGAAGCCAAAAGAGAGAGAAGAAAUAAAUACCCAGGAAAAAGAAGACAGAGCUGAGCCUUUUCAUCUGCAAAGAAGGGCUAACGAGGGCCGGCGUGCCAAAGAACUAAAUAUUCAGGAGCAACAGGAAGCUGGAGAGGAUGAUGAGCAACGUGUUGAUCAAGUUGAAGAGGAACGCAAAAAAGAACUUGAAGAGGAAGAAAUGGAGCAGGCAGGUCAGCCUGAGCACUUGGAGGAGGAACAGGAUCAAGUACCAGAAGAGCAUGAGUGGAAAAGACAGGAACAGAAAGAAGAAGAAACGAACAUGUUGGGUGAUCACCUCCAUUCAGAGAUAACGUCAACAAAAGCUGUAACAAAAAGACAUAAGCCAGCUUAUGAACAACAACUAGAGCAGCAACAGCUUGCAGCCCAAAGAGCAGAGGAAGCCAAUCAGCUACGAGAACAUCAGGAAUCACUACACCAGCAAAGACUGCAAGGACAGCUAUUACGGCAGCAACAGCUUCAAGAAAAAGAGCUUCAACUGCAGAAACAGGCAGAACAAGGAGAAAAACUCUAUAAAAACCAGCUAAGCCAACAGGCUCAUUAUGAUAACAUGGACCAUGAUAUUGUACAAGGGGAAGAAGAGCAAGGUAUUCAGGAAGAGGAAGGAGCUUAUGAACGUGACCACCACCACCAGGAUGAAGGUGAAGAUGAUGAUCAAAAUAAUCCAAAUGAACAGCAAGAACCAGAACAUCAAGUAGAAAAUCAGCAGGCUGAUGAAUCAUUACAGAAAGCAGCCGUGGAAGAUGUGAAUCCUGCUGAUGACCCCAACAAUCAGGGAGAAGAUGAAUUUGAGGAAGCUGAGCAAGAGAGAGAAGAAAAUCUACCAGAUGAAAAUGAAAAGCACAAGCAAACCAGUCAGAAACAAGGACAUCCAGGAAUGGAAGAGCACCUAGUGAUGGCAGGAAAUCCUGACCAGCAGGAAGAUAAUGUGGAUGAACAAUACCAGGAAGAGGGAGAAGAGGAGAUCCAGGAAGAUUUGACUGAAGAGAAGAAACGAGAACUGGAACGCAAUGCUGAAGAGCCAUAUGGUGAAAAUGACGAAAAUGCAGAUGAAAAGAGUAACAGAGGAGCAGAUCAAGAAAUGCAAGAAGAGAACAACCAGAAAGAAGUUCAUGAAGAAAAUUAUGAGGAGGAAGAGGAGGAAGAGGAGGAAGGCCGAGCUGUUGCAGCAAAAACUCGUAGACGAGGGGAGAUGUAGUCUUUUUUUUUUAAGCACACAAAUUCCUGUGUUUUGGUUUUUGUUUAUUUUAAAAAAACCAACAACUUUUUUAGGAUAUUUAAUUUCCAAAAAAGUUUGUGUUUUACACUUUUUACUUUUCUAUUAGAUGCUCUCAUAUGUUUAUAUGAAUAUGGUAUUUUGAUACUCUAGCUUAGGAUUUCUUUUCUAUUAAAACUGUACAUAAACAGACAUCAUAGGUUUAAUUUUUUGUAAUGCUGGGCAUGUUUUAUAAAGGCCAUCUUGGAAUACACUUUUACCUUGUCCAAGCCUGACAGAGGCGUUUGGUCUAAUUUCAGAUACAUUCAACACUUGAGGGAAUAUAUCUAGUGCCUAAACCCAGUCGACAUUAGUCACCCCAACUCUCAUUGUCUUCCUUGACACAACUUUUAUGACUAAUGGCUGGCCACACUACCCGUCCAAGGCACGAUCUGCGGUGCUCGUAGAGGCCCAGGGGUAGUUUCAUUCAUUAUUAUCUCAUGAGAUUCUUCAAAUCCUUGAAGAUAAGCACAUGCCUAGCAAUCUGCAGGACCAGGCCUUUUAUGGUGCAGAACAGUUAUAAAAUAUGCAAGUUUUACAAGCCUUCAAAAUACAGCCAGGUUAACAGCUGUUAAUUUUGGCAGCUGUUUAUAUACAGUUAAAUUAUGCAUUUAUUUUAAUGAGCAUACCUAGGUACUUUAAUUACAUGCACUACAUAGCAGAUAAUGCAAAUGGUGGUAUGCCGAGAUGAGAUGUGAGCUAGAAACCAAUUUAGACUUGAAGAUCCAUUAUGCCAAAUCAAAACACUACAGCUGUCACAUGAAUGAAGAUUUACAGAAGGAACAAUUUUGUUGUUCUAGUUAAUAUAUAAAAUGUUUGACCGGAGAAGUAUAAUUACAUCACCUCAGUGACAUGCUUUCUGGAAACUGUAGAAAGAGUUAGGUCAUGUUAACUGAGUUGACGUGAUUGGUGCAAGAUGUUGAAUUAAGGCCUUUACCUUCUUUUACUUAUUUAUUUUUAAGUCUAUGCUGGAAGGAUUUCUGUGUCCGCUAGUGUGAAAAUCAGACUAGAGCCUAAUCCUACAGAAGUUUUUUUUGAACAGCAAACAUCUCUAGCACUGCAUGCCAAAAUAUAAGGGGCGGGGGUGGGGUGGGGGGGGAACCACACAAAAAUUGUGCCUUGGUAGGCUACUAUGAACAUAAUCACAGUGCAUGAAUAUAUACAAUAUUUGUAUUGGUACAGACCCUAGUUAUUUAAUAUAUGUUAAAAGGAGAAUGGGAAUCUGGAUUUCCUAGGCUAUGCCCCAUUGCUGGAAAUGAGGCGCACAGUAGCUCCCCGUGAAAGUGUGUGUUAAUAUAUAAAAGGAGAACGUUUGAGAUUUUUUUUCCCUUUUUUAAUGAUGAUGCAUAGCAAUGUUUUUAGUUUAACUUUUUAUAUGAAUGUAAUUUAAUUCAUUUUUCUACUAACUCAAUUAUAUUAUGUUUUAUAGUUGGUUUCCAUUCUUUGCAAUUUUCCUAAUGUCCCAGACACAGUGCUUAUGUUUCAUAGGAAUAUUUUUGUCGGCAAGUACUUUGGGUUUUCUAGUUACCAUAAAUCAGAUUUACCUUAUGUAUAAAAAAAAGUUUACAUGAUACUGUAAAAUGUAUAAUAUGUACAUAAUCUUCAGAAUACAAUUAUUUUGGUAAAUUGGCCUGUAUUUUUAAUGUCACAGUUGCAGUAUUUAAUUAUUUGAGGCAUAAUAAAACUUGACUGCAGUCAAUAAACUAGAAUAUAGUUACUGA